GAAACAGUAGGAGUUUGGGAAUACCGAGUUUCAAUUUAGUAAACCGCUUGCGACUUAUUUAGCUUUAAAGAGCAACUUUUGGUUACAAUCCUGUCUCCCCUCUACCAUCAAAGCCAGAGGUUACCAAACAUUUUUUUCUUGUAGACUAUUUUAAAAAAUUUACUGGUUUUGGUGGACCCCUGCUGCUACAUUUUUUUUUACCACAUUCCCAAAAUUCGUCCAAAAUGUGAAGAUCUUAGGAUAGAAAUUGUUUUUAUUUCACGCCAACGUAGACCCCCGUUGAAUCUGUUGCGGACCCCUGGGGGUCCACCUGGACCACUAAGGGAAUCACUGAUCUAAACGGUCGUUGGUAAAAAUUUAAACGUUACCUAUACCGGCAGUAGUACCUAUGUAUAACGAAGUUUAAAGAAAACUAUCAGACUUAAGUUAGCUUUACAAGUUUACGAGUAAUAGUCGACCAUUUGUAUUUAACUCGAAAAUUUCGAACAACUCCAUACAAAACAACAAACAUGAUGUUUGUAAUGGAUAAUGGUACGGCCGGUUUUUUUAUAUAUUAUAUAGAUUAUGUAUUAUACUAGUUAACUAUAAACAAAUGGUAACUUUAUAUUUCUAUGUUAGUAUUGAAACUAAAUAAUUUUGUUACAUAUUGUAUUCAGAUUUAGGUAUAGCCCCUUAUUCGGGGGAGAAUUUUUAUAUAGCAGAAGCAAAAGACAUGGCCAGUGUCAUACAAAGGAUAAUCUCUGAUGGUUACCGGUUAGAACUGCCGGAAACGAUCGACUUAGUUCUAGAGACUGGAAUUUGUUCAAAAGACGAUGAAAUUGAUGGAAAUUGUAUAGUGAGAGCACGUGGACUCCCGUGGCAGUCCUCUGACCAAGACAUAGCAAAAUUCUUCAGAGGUCUCAAUGUUGCCAAGGGUGGAGUAGCCCUGUGCUUGUCGCCCCAGGGUCGGCGGAACGGAGAAGCGUUGGUACGGUUCGUGUCGCAGGAGCACAGAGAUAUGGCACUCAAGCGGCAUAAACACCACAUCGGCCAACGGUACAUCGAGGUGUACCGUGCAAGUGGUGAUGAUUUCCUGUCAGUAGCUGGCGGAGCGACGUGUGAAGCUGCUGCCUUCCUGUCGAGAGGUGCGCAAGUCAUUGUGCGUAUGCGCGGUCUACCCUACGAUGCGCUGCCACAGCAAGUGCUGGAUUUCUUUUCAACUGGUGAUGAUCCAGUACAAGUGCUGGACGGAGCAGAUGGCGUGCUGUUCGUGCGGCGUGCCGAUGGUAGAGCUACAGGAGAUGCUUUUGUACUCUUUGCUAAAGAAGAUGACGCACCUAAAGCUCUCUCGAGGCAUAGAAAACUCAUAGGGGCUAGAUAUAUUGAACUGUUUCGGUCUACAACAGCUGAAGUUCAGCAGGUUCUAAAUCGAUCGCUGGAGACCCGUACAAGUACAGCGAGUACACCAUCCGCAGCCCCAGCACCUUCUGAGAGCUUGUUACCGGUUGCUUUAGUACCUCAACACGUCAUCACCUCAGGAACAGCUAAAGACUGCGUGCGGCUCAGGGGUCUACCAUAUGAAGCACAGGUGGAGCAUAUCCUCACUUUUCUGGAUGAGUUUGCCAAAAACAUAGUUGUACAAGGAGUUCACAUGGUUUUCAAUGCACAGGGUCACCCUAGCGGGGAAGCAUUCAUACAAAUGGACAGUGAAGCUAGCGCUUUCCUUUGCGCGCAACAAAAACACCAUCGCUACAUGACCUUUGGAAAGAAGCAGCGUUAUAUCGAGGUGUUCCAGUGCUCAGGCGACGACAUGAACCUAGUGCUGACCGGCGGUGUUACUCCGGCCACCUCGCCAAAGGUUCUGUCCCCUGGUACGUUGGUCCCUCAGGCGCCCGCGCCGCGCCUUCUCGCGCACCACAUCGCGCACCAGAGCCUCCUCGCGCGCCAGCACGAGAACCUCCUCCUCGCCUCCCUCCGCCCACCGCUGCUCCUCCCCCUGGCAGUCCGCCAGCCCGCCCCCGUCCAAGUGCCCCAGUUCAUCCCCCAGCCUCAGGUGCUUCCCGCCAAGCGUACCUACGACCGCGCCUUCACCCCCACCGACCCGACCCCGGCCAAACGCCAAUACACGGUGCCCCCGCAAAUGACACCCUCUCUUUCCCUUCCUAUGUUCUCAUACGGCACUUCGACACCCAUCUUUUCAUACGCAAAUACCAGUCCGGUCCUCUCCACUUAUCCGAAUGUCCAGGGAACGAUUCCGACUGCACUCCCUGCUGGAUACGGUUCCGCUCUUUCCGCAACUCUCCCGGCGUCUUUGAGUACUCCGUUCCCUACUUUAUCCAUGUUUCCGACUUACCCUUACUAUCCUGGAGUAUAAAUUACGUAAUGCUUCCAAUAGGUAUUGUAUCACGUCACGGUUGACAUAAUACCUUAUGAUUUUGAUUGGUUGACGAUUUGUCGUAGUUAAAUACUAAACAGGGUAAUGCGAUGACAAUAAGCUCAAAAGUUUAGAAGCCGUAAAUACCGUUAACGGGUUUAUUUACACGAAUUUAGUUAUUCCACGGUUAAGUGAGCACUCGGCAGCAUCUAUUUUAGUCGGUUUCCAAGAUCGUGAUCGGUUUUUAAAACUGGUCACUUGCGGCUCUUGUGAGACUUUUUUUUUUGUUGUUAUACAGUUUGUUGAACACUCACUUGUGUUAAUUUAUUAAGUGAACCAGAGGUUGUUAAUUGAUGACAAGUAGAUAGGUAUAUUUAGAUUAUAAUUAUGUCUGAUGUAGUGUGAUUUAACGUUGUGAUUUUAAAAAAUACAGACAUUCCAUUAGCUGAAAGACAAAUUGAUGCCGACAUAUUCAAAAGGCUGAUUUUAAGUCUGAUAACUGUUACUUAUACAAGUACUUUUUUUUUUGUUCUGUGGCUCGCAAAGGCAAUUUAUGUAUUACAUCUCUUCUUCAGAAUAGAAAAGGAUCAAUGAAAUUAAUUCUAUUUUCGAACUUUAAUUGACCAAUCAAUAUUUUUUUACUAUAGUAUAGGACCUCUUUAUAAAAAAAAAACUCUAAACUAAAAAAAUAUUUAAUGUAAAUACGUAUAAUAUUAAUUAAACAUUAUGAGUUAAAUAACAAUUUCAGAAAAAGUAAAGAUGUAUAAGUUUGCUUCCACAAAUAUACAUGUGAAUGAAAUAUUAAUACGUACUAGCAAUGAAAACCGGAUUCCUUUGUUUUUCCAAUAACGACAAAACUUUAAAAAUGCUUACCUAUCCUUGUUCUAUUCAUAUGAAAAAAAGAGAUGCGGUACUUAAUUUUAAAUGUAGGUAUCUGUAACGGAAUCAAAACCAUUGGGUACUUAAUUUUUUUUUUUUUUUGAGUACAAUGCAAGUGUACACAUAGGUACUGUAUAUUAAAUAUAUUUUUAUUAUAGUUACUCAUUUUUGUCUGUUGAUACCGUUUGCAAAUGAACUAAUUUUUAAGUUUAAUAUUGAUGUUACGUUUUUCGUAAUCACCCCUCAAAGGCAGCUUAUUAUAUUUUAUAGUUUAGGGCUAAUGGUGGGCACCUAUCCUACACUUAUAUUUCCUUUCCGAAAGUCAUCCUUAAGUAUGUUACGGUCAAAUAUGUUCACUAUCUAACUGUCUAGAACACAUGCAACAUAAAGUAAGGACUGGUCCCUCAUACUGUGAGAUAUUUUGCAAUAGCGAGCGAGACAAUCGUCUAUUCAUCUCUUUCUUAUGCGGGGUUAGUACCUUAGCUGUCAUCGUUAUAUAUACCAUACCUCACACCACAUACCUACCUAGUAUAUAGCAAUUAUUGGUGUUAAAGUAUAUGAAAUUUUAUAUGGCACGAUUUCUUUUGUUACUUUGUAACAAAUAAGUAAAAAAAUAAUAUUCAUUUGAUUAUUUAUAUAACAGCAAUAAAAACCGUAAUAAUUAAGUGUAACACGAGGAAACGCUGCCAUAUAUCGGGUAAUUUGUUUAAUGGAACUCUUUAGAAUACCUUAUUAUUUAAACGUCAUUAUAUGGUGUUGCCAUUAUCUCAAUAUUCACAUAAAUAGGUAUGGGGCUUUAGUCACGAACACUCGGUAUAAAGGCUAAUUUCUAUGUUCUGUCAUUUUUUAUAAAUUUAUUAAAUGUAACUAUUUAUACUUUACAAUAUUGUGUCAAUUAAUGGUAAUAAGUAAGUGUAAUAAUUUUUAUGGUGUAUCCGAACGGGUUGUGAUAUGGAAAAUGCAUGCUACGUGGUCACAAGAUAAGGGUAAGUGUCGCCGUUUUGUGUUUAAAAAUGAUAUUGGUGACGUCUCUGAUGCCGGUAUAUUUUUAACUCUAUGGGUAUACAGCAUGGAAGCUUAAGUUUGCGACAUAAAUAUGAACUUUGCAUGGCUCACGAGAUCUCGUACGGGUAAUUUGGUCAGCUUACGUUUUCCAGAGCACAGCGCGCCCGGAUACAGUAUGUAUUUUCUUACCUGCAAUAAACUGUACGUCUCGAAAAUGUUUAUCUACACAUUAGCUUAACCAUAGCACUGCAAAUUGUACUUUGAAUAACCCAAUAACAAGAUUUACUGACUAACUUUUUAUUGUAGUAAAUACAAAAUACUUAUCUUUCCUACCCCGACUUUGACACACUAAAAGUAAUAAAAUCUCACGCGGCUUUUUCUCUAUAGUGCAUUAUGC